GACGAGGCAACGUCACGUGCUUACUUUUCCCACAAAAAGUUCUUAAUUUAUACCCCGCAAGCAUCUCGGCCACCAGCUCCUAUCGAACAGCGAACCACGCUAGUCUCGUUUCUCCUCACGCCAUCCUCUCACUGAAAUCAGAGGAGAUCCAUGGGAGCCGGCGGCCGCAUGACGCCCAAGGAGAGGGAGGAGCAGGAAUUCCUCCGACGAAAAUCCGGCGGUGAAGAUAUCUCGGAUCCUUUCCUCCGAGUCCCCACGGAGAAGCCCCCUUUCACCCUAAGCCAAAUAAAAAAGGCGAUACCCCCACACUGCUUCGAGCGAUCCGCCCUUCGCUCCUUCUCCUACGUCGUCCAGGACCUCCUCAUCGCCGGCGGCCUCUUCUACCUCGCCGUCACCGUCUUUCCCACCCUUCCUUCACCCUUCCACUUCAUCGCCUGGCCGGCCUACUGGUUCGCUCAGGGAUGCGUCCUCACCGGCGUUUGGGUCAUCGCCCACGAAUGCGGCCAUCACGCCUUCUCAGACUUCCCUGUUUUAGACAACCUUGUAGGCUUCGUCCUCCAUUCCUUCCUCCUCGUCCCAUUCUUCUCCUGGAAAUACUCACACCGCCGGCACCACUCGAACACCGGAUCCCUAAGCCGCGACGAAGUUUUCGUGCCCAAAGUCCGAUCCUCCAUCCCCUGGUUCUCACCCUACCUUAACAACCCCUUCGGCCGCGUCCUAACCAUCGCCGUAACCCUAACACUCGGCUGGCCCAUGUACAUCUUAUUCAACGUCUCCGGCCGCCCCUACGAACGGUUCGCCAACCACUUCGACCCUUACGGCCCAAUCUAUAACGACCGGGAGCGCGCCCAGAUCUUUGCAUCCGACGCAGGUAUCUUCGCCGUCUUAUACCUCCUCUACCGCCUCGCCACCGCCUUUUCCAUCUCAUGGGUCAUCCGCAUCUACGGCGUUCCUCUGCUCAUCGUCAACGCCUGGCUCGUUCUCAUCACCUUCUUACAACAUACUCACCCGGCCCUUCCGCACUACGAUUCUUCCGAGUGGGAUUGGCUCCGCGGCGCGCUCGCAACCGUGGACCGUGACUACGGCUUCCUCAACCGCGUCUUUCACAACAUCAACGACACUCAUGUUGCGCAUCAUCUCUUCUCCACCAUGCCUCAUUACCACGCCAUGGAGGCUACCAAGGCCAUCCGGCCGGUGCUCGGCGAUUAUUACCGCUUGGACGAAACGCCGGUGGUGAAGGCGCUGUGGCGUGAGGCCAGUGAGUGCAUCUAUGUGGAGCCUGAGGAGGGUACGGGAAAGCGCAAGGGAGUGUACUGGUACCGCAACGAAUUCUGAGGGAUCAGGACUGCACCGGCCGGCGGAGCCCAGCGUCGGGAAAAUACCAAAAAAUAAAUAAGAUGGUGGGUGCCAGCUAGCGUGUUCAGUUGUCGUGUCACUUUUCUAUUUUUGUGCUUCUCCAGUUCUGCCCUAAAAAAUAUUUUAAAAAAAAAAGUUCAAAUCUUUGAGAGCGUGCAGUAUUGAACGGUGAGAGAUUGGCCUGCCUGUCUUAAGCGGGCCGGUCAGCAUUGAGUGGGCUCGUCGUCCAGCCUCUUGUACCCCUGCCUUAUUUUAUUUUAUGUUUACUUGCGGCUUCAGUUUAUUAUGGAGUUGUGGGCGGGCUCUUUGUGACUC